UUCCGUGACUUUGUUACGCGGAACUGGCGCCUCCUCUGCAUGCAUGUGCUGUGGCUUCCUCCUUACUGAAACUUAUUGCAAACAGGUUCACACCGAGACAGAGGAGCGUUGUGUGUCAGAAACAUAUCCGUGCUGAGAGUCGCCUGGAUCAGGUACAAAUCAGAAUGAAUGCAACAAAGAGCAGACAUCAAGUUGGAGCGUAAACUAUGAACCCAUCUUUCAUUGGUCAGUGUUGAUGUGCGCAUGAAUGUUCUUUAAGUGAUUUGUUCCGCAUUUUGAGUGUUUUUUUCGCCUGUGGCUGAACUAGCUGUGUGAACAUGAAGUUUAAUGGCUAUCUGAAACUCCGGAUCGGUGAGGCGGUGGGCCUGAAGCCCACCACCUUCUCCCUGCGCCACUCGGUCAUCUUCAACAAAGCCCCCCCCGGCCUGGACCCCUACAUUGUGGUGAAGGUUGACGACACGAAAAUUGGACAAACUCUCACCAAACAGAAAACCAACACACCGACGUUCAACGAGGAGUUCUGCCUCAACGUGAGCGACGGGAAACAAAUCGAGUUGGCAGUCUUUCACGAUACUCCCAUCGGAUAUGAUGACUUUGUGGCCAACUGCAUCAUCCAGUUUGAGGACCUCAUCCAAACCUCCAACACAGGAGAGACCUUCGAUGGAUGGUGUUUGAGAGCAGGUUUGGGAAACAAACAUGCUAAUUUGUUCACAACACAUCUCCCCGUCACUAUGGACUUGGAGCCAGAGGGCAAGGUUUUCGUUCAUAUUGCACUCACUGGAUCCUUCAUUGAUGACGACGCCAUAGUGAAAGAGAAGAAGAAGCAGUUCACGAGGAAGCGACAGGGGGCCGUGAGGCGGAGGAUCCACCAGGUCAAUGGACACAAGUUCAUGUCUACCUUCCUCCGUCAACCCACCUUCUGUUUCCACUGCAGAGAGUUCAUCUGGGGUGUAUUUGGAAAACAGGGCUACCAGUGCCAAGUGUGUACCUGUGUGGUUCACAAAAGAUGCCACCAGCUGAUCGUCACCAUGUGUCCACGCAUGAAGAAAGAAAUCAAAGAGCAGCAGCCUGUAGCCCAGGGCUUCAGCAUCAACAUCCCUCACAUGUUCAACAUCCACAACUACAAGUCGCCCACUUUCUGUGACCACUGUGGCUCCCUGCUGUGGGGAAUAGUGAAGCAGGGGCUGCACUGUAAAAUCUGUAAAAUGAAUGUUCACAUCCGCUGCAGAGGCAACGUCGCUCCAAACUGUGGGGUCAACAGCGUGGAGCUGGCCAAUAAGCUCGCAGAGAUGGGUCUGCAGGCCGGAGGACUCUCGAAACGCAACUCAUUGGCCAGAAGUGCCAGUCACAUAGGGGUGCCCACUGAAAGGAGGGAGAGUAAAAACAAUCAGGCGGAGACCCCUCGACUGGGCAUCUCAGACUUCACGUUCCUUCAAGUUCUCGGAAAAGGCAGUUUUGGCAAGGUGAUGCUGGCGAGACUAAACGACAGAGACCGAGUGUUUGCGGUCAAGGUUUUGAAGAAGGACAUCAUUUUGCAGGACGAUGAUGUGGAGUGUACCAUGACUGAAAAGAGGGUGCUGUCCCUGGCCGGCUGUCACCCCUACCUCACACAGCUGUACUGCUGCUUCCAGACGCCGGAACGCCUCUUCUUUGUGAUGGAGUUUGUGAAUGGUGGCGAUCUUAUGUUCCACAUCCAGAAGUCCAGGAAGUUUGAAGAGCCUCGAGCGCGUUUCUACACAGCAGAGAUCACCUCCGCGCUCAUGUUCCUGCACGACAAAGGCAUCCUCUACAGGGAUCUAAAACUGGACAAUGUUCUUCUUGACCAAGACGGUCACUGUAAGCUGGCGGACUUUGGCAUGUGCAAAGAGGGCAUGUUUGAAGGCGCGGCCACAGGAACCUUCUGUGGGACUCCGGAUUACAUUGCGCCUGAGAUCCUGCAGGAGAUGCUAUACGGGCCCUCUGUUGAUUGGUGGGCUCUCGGUGUGCUGCUGUAUGAGAUGCUGUCAGGACACGCUCCAUUUGAGGCUGAAAAUGAAGAUGACCUCUUUGAAUCCAUCCUCAAUGAAGAGAUUGUUUAUGCAUCUUGGCUCAGUGAUGAGGCAGUGACUAUACUGAAAUCUUUCUUGACCAAAAACCCGGCCCGGCGUCUGGGCUGUGUGGCCUCAGAGGGCGGAGAGAGCGCUGUGACCAGCCACGCCUUCUUCACUGGCAUCGAUUGGGAGAAGCUGAAUCGUAGAGAAAUAGAGCCGCCCUUCAAGCCAAGGAUCAAAACACCUGAAGACGUCAACAACUUUGACCCAGAUUUCACGCAGGAAGAGCCCACCCUCACGCCCAUCGAUGACCCUAUGAUCCCUUCCAUCAACCAGGAGGAGUUUCGUAACUUCUCCUUCACCUCGCCUGAACUGCAGGAGAGCUAAGAGUCUCCUCAUUGAUCCACAAUUCUUCCUGCACUCUCACUCUUCCCAGUAUCCGUGAAUCGCCUGAGACUGUGCCCCGCGGUACGUGCAGUAUGUUGCUGUCAAAUUCCCCAGAGACAUGAGGGUGCAAAUUGCCGAGGAGUCAGACACACACGCCUGACAGGAACUGGUUUUGCACCUGAUGAACCCUUAAGCACUCCUGUAUUUCUCGAAAAUGUGCCAUGCGAUCAUCUUUUGAAAUACCAUUAAGUCAUGACGUCUCACUUGGGACACAUUCCUGCAAGUGUCAUUGUGUAAAUGGUGUAUUUGAUAUGUGUUUGAUAAAGUGUACAACCACUGAUUUUACUCUGGAUGAGUUCGCGUCCAGUUACUUAAAAUGAAAAAGCCCUUUUCGAAGCAUAAA